CCGCCAAAAUGUCUUCCCCUUCCAAAUCGCCCGCCCCUCCCCCGCUGGUCGGGAACCUCGGGGUCCACGUCCGAGAGGGCCGCGAUGAGCAAGAGCUGGACCCGACUUCCACCCGAUACCAAAUCGUCGAGGCAAUCGUCCACCUCGCCCUUACUCUGCUCGAAACUCGGGAGGGUAGGCGAAGCUUGACCGAGGUCGCCACGGCCAUUAUCCAAGAACGUAAGGCGUACGCCGCAGCCGGAAGGAGGCGCCCUCAGGGACACAUCUACGAGGACAGCUUGGCCAACAUGCCCAUCUGGAUUGACACAUUCCUCCGACGCAUGAGGAGAAAUUUCCCUCCCGUUCUUAUCGGACGCACCGACGGCGAGGCUUCGGCUGCAAAGCGCGACUGGGGAACCGACAUGAAUGCGUACCAGGCCGGGCAUGAUGCGGGAGUCCUCUGGGUGAAGGAUUCCAUCAUCAGCAACAUGGUGUACGUGCGCCAGCAGCCCCGGGAUAUUGCCGGCGACAGUUACAUUCUGUACAAGUUCCAGAUGGUUAUCAGCGUUGCCCAUGAGAUCGUGCACUUCCUCACAGGUUUCCUCACCGGCACCAUGAGGCCACAUACCCCCCCACGAGUCACUGCGAAGCCAUACGGCAACCCAUACGGCGACACCACACGAAGCGGCGAGGCCGGUAGGUACUGGGAGCACGACUUUCUUGGCGGUUUCCUCGAGAUGUGGUCUCUCCCCGACGACCCGCUUGACGUCCGACAGCCAGGCGUACCGUUCCUAUUCCUCUCCGGGAAAUUGGGGGAGGCCACGGGACGGGAGAUAUCCAUGGCGUAUAUCGACGAGUUUCUGAACAAACGCAAAGUUCUCCUUUCCUAUCCGCACGUCCACUCGAACGCGGCCCAUCACGAGGAACCAACUGCGGCGGUUGGGACGCCUGGAAACCAGCGUGCUGCGCGGCGGUCCGGCGUUCCGUGCGGCUGGUCGGGUGGACUCGCCGGAACCCGGAGCAGCUCGUGAAGGUUCCGAGCCCAGAUUCCGUCGCAUCAUCACGGAUUCAGUGUCAGGGUACAGUGGUUCUGGGUACGGUGGUUCUGGGUACAGCGGUUCCGGGUACAGUGGCUCCGGGUACAGUGGCUCUGGUAGUGGCGGAGGAAAUGGAUAUCGCCGGCCCUCCUAUCGUUGACAUGCGGU